AUGGCAUUCCGUGUCCCUUCCCAGGCCCCUCGCAGAAGAACCUCAUACUCGACUCCGCAACCCCCUCCUCCUCUCGAUAUAAUAUCCUCUCCCCCGGAACAACAAGAUGACGACACCACACAAUGGGUGCUGUUCUCCCCGACCGCCCAUACAAACACGACCUCCACCGACCGUACACAGACAGCAGGAGCCUCUCGACUAAGUGACUUUGGCUCAUUUGGUACCGCAACUCGAUCCGCUGCUGGACUCGAGGGUGAUGCAGAUGACGAGGCCUUAGAUGAUCAUCUGGACGAAGAUGGUACCGAGCUGGAUAGCUUGGAUGAUGGGCUGAAUGCGUUUCGUGCCCCAUCACUCUCCCCCACAUCCCCCGCACGGGUGGAUCAUGGUCCACCGGCCUUGCUCCCGGCUCACGAUGGCUUAGGUAGCUUUCAGGCGUCGAGCCAGUUAGCUCAGGAACAGCUCUGGUUACAUGAGCAGUAUAAUCCUCAACGACGCCAGUAUGCCUCCCCUCAGCCCCGUCGGCGGACGAGUGUCCAGCGGCAUCUGGAUACUGUUGAUGAGGGAGAGGCAAAUGUUGAACGAGAGCGCUGGCAGCGGAUCGAGCAGUGGAGAAUGGAUCAGAGUCGGGCCUUGCUGCAGGAGAUCGAACGCCAGACUCGGCGGCGGAACAGCCGUGUCAGCGGAUCAAGUAUCCCUGAUGCUGUCGAGCAAAUAUCGCCUGCCCGCAUUACAGGGAAAUUGACAGAUGCGGUGUCUAAAUCAGAAGCAGACCCAGAGGCAGACCCGGAGGCAGACCCGGAGGCAGACCCAGAGACAGAUGAGUCAUUCUGGCGACGUAUCACUAGGAAGGUGAUUCGGGAUUUGAUUGGCAUCGAUGACUCCUUGCUCUCUGUCAUCUUUGGCGAGUCAUUACCCGAAGGGCUAGAAGAAACAGAACGGUCUGGGGAGCUCGACAUGGAAAGUGUUCUGGCCUGUGAACCAGAUCCAGAUCACUCGGACUCGCCAAUGUGGCAGAGCCAAGUACUCCAACGCAUCGCACAUGAGCUUGGAGUUUUAGUGCAUCAGCUGUGUGAACAUCCGGGUGCAUUUACAACAUACUACCAAAUGACCAAGGAUAUCACAAGUCAAUAUGCAGGCAUGUCGCUCAACCGUUUAGCUGAAAGCGAGCUCUCUCAAAAGCCUACUGAGCACGCAGACUCAACAUCUGCCACGGAUCUCGAUAACUCCAUGCCAUCACCACAAUUCAUCCCUACUCUUCGCGAAGCAAAUCGAGAACACGAGGCUCAAUGGGGCAUUGAGGAAGACGACCCUUCAGUAGACCCGGUCUCAGAAGCUGCCCGAGUGCAGCAAGAACAAGAAUACUGGGAACAUGGCCUAGACGCCAUGAUGGUCUUCCGCUACCUUCGCACUCGCUUCACUCGCCGAGGAUACAUGCCAAAUGACAAAUAUACCUCAACCCCUUCUCCCCGCAACACACAAGAUGCCUCCCGCCGCGCAGCUAUGAUUCGUCACCAUCAUCCUCUUGUUGCGCGGGCUCAUUCCCGCUCCCAAACACAGCGUCGGCCCUCUCAGUAUUCCGGUGUGACAGGGCCCGUGGGUGUUUCCUCCCCCUUACUCCGACCUCAUCUUCGUCGCCCCAGCUCGAGCUGUGCGAGUCAAAGCGCGAAGAUCUCUGCUAUCUCUAGUCGCCGCACCCUCACGGGCUCAAGUCGUAACUAUUGGGACAUUGGUGGUAGUGUUGAGAGUAGCAGUGCUAUUGGUGUCGGAGCUGGACUCGGUGCCUGGGGCGAGACAUGA